AGAAGACUUUAUAAGAGAUGUGACUCAUAAACCUAAUGUCUUAAGGUUUUGGGUUAAGAUGUAGUGUCGAGACCUCUUGGUGUCUUUCUGCCCGGCCCAUGGGCUACCCUGUCUCCCCCAACAAUGGAAACCGCUGCAAUAGCUCGUAACGUCGUUGGCGUCAUAGGCAAUGUCAUUUCGUUCGGCUUGUUCUUCUCGCCAGCUCCAACUUUCUACAAAAUUUUCAAGAAGAAAUCUGUGGAGGAGUACAAGCCUGAUCCUUACCUAGCUACAGUGAUGAAUUGUGCGUUUUGGGUGUUCUAUGCGAUGCCUUUUGUGCACCCACACAACAUUUUAGUGGUGACCAUCAAUAGUAUUGGGCUGCUGUUCGAGGUCUUCUAUCUUACCAUGUUUUGGAUCUAUGCUACCAAUGGAGGAAGGAGAAAGGUACUGCUUAUUCUUCUGGGCGAGUUAAUUUUCUUUGCUGCGGUCGUUCUUACAAUCUUGAUGGCAGUGCAUGGCACUCACCUAAGGUCAUUAGUGGUUGGAAUUAUCUGUGACAUCUUCAAUAUUUUGAUGUAUGUCUCUCCUCUUACAGUCAUGGCAGAAGUGAUCAGAACUAAGAGUGUCAAAUACAUGCCCUUCUCCCUCUCUUUAGCAAACUUACUCAAUGGUGUGUGCUGGACAAUAUACUCCCUCAUCCACCCCUUUGACCUGUUUAUUCUGAUAAGCAACAGUGUGGGAGUAUUUUCUGGAGUUGUUCAGCUCAUCCUAUAUGCUUGGUACAGCUCCUGCAAGGGAGAGCAAGAUGGUGGUGAUGAUAAUCAUGUCCAGGACCAGCAGCCAAAGAGGAUUGUAGUCUGAUUGCAGCCCUGAUAUCAGAGUUUUCUUCCUUCUUUUUGCCUUUAUUCCUUGUUUGCUCUUACACAAAAGAUGUUGGCAAAAAAUUUACAUAGAUGUCUGAUGUGAUUACACAAAGUUGAGAAGGAGCGUUUAGAUUUUCAUUUUCAGCUUCAUUGCAAACUCGAUUUUAUAGUGUUAGAAUAUU